AUGACUAUCACUUGUUUAAACCCAUCAUCGAUACAAAAGAGAAACAUUGCACAUACAUCGAAAGCUAACAUAUCAAGUUCAUCAAAUAUAAAAUUUCCACUGACAAUAGUAUUUGAUCAUAUAUGGACAUUAACUACAAACAAUAAAACGGUUCGGCUAUAUGAGUUGUUCAAAAUAUGGAAUUACUUGGAGAUAGAACUUAUUGGUGAUUCAUCAAUAAAUCCGUAUGCUAUAUCUGAUAAACUUGCUGUUCAUUCUCAAGAAUCUAAACGGCAUGAAUUUCUAGAAGAAAUAAACAAGGAUCAAGCAUUCAAUAUAUUAUACCAAACCAUUGUUUUAUCAAAUGAUAUAUUCCCUUGGGAAUGCAACAAUAGUAUGUCCACUGAUUGUAAUUCUGAAGAUGAUGUUUGCUACUGUGACUCAGCUGCAAUUACAACACCAGGAGAGAAUAAUAUAGAAAGUAAAAAUACCACUACACAACAUUGCAGAAUUGUUUCUAAGAAGCUGGACUUGGGAUCUACGUUAAAAGAAUUAGAAGAGCUACAUGCAAAAUUGAAUAAGAAAUAUAUUACUAUAGAGAAUAAGUUAUUUCAACUUGAAAGGAGAAAUUCUUUUGACGUGACACAGUUGGAAACCUUAACUAAACGCAAUCUUGUAGUAUCUGGGAGAAUUUCAAAUAUUAAAAAUGAAUUAUUGGCUACCAAUAAAGAACUGUCUACUAUAAAUCAUAUAAUUCAUUUCAGUUGUUUCUUAGGGUUGAAAUCAUAUGAGUUUUUGUUGUCUUUAUUAACCUGUUAUUUGAUUCUGCUACUAUUGAAAGGUAUACAUAAAGUCCGGAAAUUUAAUAAGAUACAAGUCGACCAUCUGUCUCCUGCAAACACAGCUGAACUGGUACACAUGGGAAGUAAUAUUAACCAUAAUAUUCGGAUACCUUGCGAAUUUCUGACAUCUAUACAUCUACAAGAAGAUUUAAAGUAA